GGAUGACUAUGAGCCCUGUGCCAAGACUAGUGAGAACGGGCAGGCAGAGCGCGCUCAGUACACACGAGAACCUGCUGAAGGCCGUUGGAGUCGUGCGUUGUAAAUUAUGUACAUACAUUGCUGAUAUUAUUCGGGUGCACAUGAAUGGCCAGUCGCAUAACUUGAAGCCGUCAAACCGAGCAGCGAGUGGGAAAAUCUGUAAACCAACGGCAAGCAUCGUCUGAAUUGGAACACAUUGCUCCCUGACUGUCUCUCACACAGACCGAGGCUCGACGACUCCGGUGGGGAUUUUCAAGCCGACAACGCCGCGGCUAGCGUAUAAAAUGUAAACAUAAAAACAAUGAAAACCGAAUUUUCUGAGAUUUUUUUUCUAAAGCUUUUUGUAAGUGUAUUUUUCAGUGAGUGUAAAAUAAUUUUGUAGGCGGAAAGCCCAGUGUAAAUCUCAUGUGAUAACGUUUGUAAAAAGCUAUAGGAAUAAUAAUAAAAAAUUGAAUAAAUCAGUUAUCAGUAAGUUAGCUAGCUAGCUAUCUGGGCUGAGAAGCUCGUUUUUUGAAUAAAUAUAUCGCUGGACUGACGAGCUACGAUGUUACAUUUGGGGUUUACUUGAAGAUAUUCACACAACAGUUUGAAGGAAAACACUGCAGCUUUCCCCACAGGCUUGAAAAAACUCCUGGUUUAGUGUGUGUUUGUAAGAGCUGGGAGACGUGUGGUUUACUUUGAUUAGUACUGCACCUAAGUGGGUUCUAAAGAAAAUGUAGGAAUGGUGAGGAGGAAAGUGAGGACAGAAACUAUUUUCUAACAGCUUUGGUCUCACCCUUCUGUGUUACUACAAAGCAUCUAAUAAAACAAGACAGAAAAGCAGAGAGCGGAGGAAAAGUGGGAGAAGGUACUGGAAGAACAGCUUGACAGACUAGAAGGGGUGAGUUGGUGACCACAGAAAGAGAGAGAGACGGGGACUGACGGAGGAGCAAAGGUUUGGAGGAGGAGGAGGAGGUCGAGGAGGGGUGGGAAAGGCCAUUCCCCAUGGCUACUGACCCAGGAGAUCCCACAGGCACCGAGGACUCCUCGGAGAAACCUGAUGGACAGAGGGAGGAGGACACGGAGCGGGAGGGCAGGGCCAACCCACAGAGGGAGAGGACACACAGCACCCCCUCGGACUUCCCCUCCUCCCAGACUCAGGAGAGGAAAGCGACAGGAGGAGAGGAUGGAGGAAUCCGAGGAGGAGGAGGAGGAGUAGGGGAAGCCAGCCAGGCAGGUGAGAAGAACCCAGUCAGACCGAUUUCAUUCUCCACAUCCUCCUUACCAGUCGACACUGGCCAGAAACGACUGAAGAGGGAGAAGCGCUUCUUCAGGAAGAGUGUGGAGAUUUGUGAGGAGGACGAUGAGGUGGAGGUGCCCCCAGAGGCGCCCCACAGUGCCCCCCACCUGGAGCUCCGCUCUUCAGACUCAGUUUUCACCAGCAGUGCUCAGCAGCAAGGGGCUCCUUCAUCCUGUGCUGCCCUGGGUCAUGACCCAUCAUGCUCCAGCUCCAGCCAGGAGCCUGGCAAGGAUGCCCCUUCCUCCACACCCAGCCAGGGGGGGAAGGAGAGGGACCGUGAGCAGGAGGAGGAAGCGGAGAUGAAGGCUGUGGCCACCUCUCCUGGAGGCAGAUUUCUCAAGUUUGACAUUGAACUGGGCAGAGGAGCCUUCAAGACUGUGUAUAAAGGCCUGGACACAGAGACUUGGGUGGAGGUGGCUUGGUGUGAACUUCAGGAUCGCAAGCUGACCAAGGCGGAGCAGCAACGCUUCAAGGAGGAGGCCGAGAUGCUGAAGGGGCUUCAGCACCCCAACAUCGUCCGAUUCUAUGAUUCCUGGGAGUCUGUGCUCCGCGGCAAGAAGUGCAUCGUACUGGUCACUGAACUCAUGACUUCAGGAACACUCAAAACUUAUCUGAAGCGCUUUAAGGUGAUGAAACCCAAGGUCCUGAGGAGCUGGUGUAGGCAAAUCCUGAAGGGCCUUCACUUCCUUCACACCAGGACUCCUCCAAUAGUCCACCGGGACCUCAAGUGUGACAACAUCUUCAUAACAGGCCCCACAGGCUCAGUCAAGAUAGGUGACCUGGGACUGGCCACUCUUAUGCGGACUUCCUUUGCCAAGAGUGUCAUAGGAACCCCAGAGUUCAUGGCUCCAGAGAUGUAUGAGGAGCACUAUGAUGAGUCUGUGGAUGUCUACGCCUUUGGGAUGUGCAUGCUGGAGAUGGCCACGUCAGAAUACCCCUACUCUGAGUGCCAAAAUGCUGCUCAGAUCUAUCGCAAAGUCACAAGUGGUAUAAAGCCAGCCAGCUUUGAUAAAGUGAAUGACCCAGAGAUCAAAGAGAUCAUCGAAGGCUGCAUUCGCCAGAACAAGAGUCAGAGGCUCUCCAUCCGAGACCUCCUGAACCACGCAUUCUUCGGGGAGGACACAGGGGUCCGGGUGGAACUUGCAGAGGAGGACACAGGCACCCAGGAUUGUCUGGCUCUCCGGAUUUGGGUUGAAGAACCCAAGAAGCUAAAAGGGAAGCACAAAGACAAUGAGGCCAUCGAGUUCAGCUAUGACCUGGAGAAUGAUAGUGCUGAGGAAGUAGCUCUAGAGAUGGUAAAGUCAGGAUUCUUCCAUGAGAGUGAUGCCAAGGUGGUGGGAAAAUCUAUUCGUGAUCGAGUAAAUCUGAUCAAAAAGUCACGGGAGCGUCGACAGCAACAGCUCCUCCAGCAGCAGCAGGGCUUUGAAGAAAGAAGAGACUCCACUCUCACCUCCCACACCUUUUCUCAUCCAUCCUGCCCGUCCUCACUGGGGCCAGGGGCAGCUGGACAGACAGGAGGGGGAGGAGCAGGAGGAGGGCAGGAGUCUGAGGAGUUGCCUGAAGUGGACCAGCAUGUCAGGCAGCAACAUAUUUUCAGUGGGACAACCCUUGGUCUGCCAGAAGGUGAGAGCAUUGGGCCUGCCAGCUGUGAAUCUCAUGCAGGUGGACAGAGCCAGGCGUACUCUCAGCAAGGGGAAUCAUACACACACUCCCAGACUACUCUCCCCCCUACGGCAUCUAGAACUGGCACAUUGGCUCAUCCUCAAAUGCUCCCCAUUGGUGAGGGUGGAAGUGUUCCAAAUGUGCCUAUUGGCCAGAGUGUUAGUAUGUCCGGCAUGUCCAUAGGCCAAAGUGGAGGGGGACCUGUUGGUCAGACAUUUCUUCAGCCCAGAACCAUGGUUCCACAGGUAUCACCAAGUGUCCCUCAACAAUAUAUUCAGUCACAAACAUUCCCAUCAGAUGCAUUUCAAACUGCCACUCCCCAUGGGUCAAUGGCCCUCUCACAGUCAUAUAUACCUCCUGUUUCCCAACAGGCACCCAUUAAUGUUCUCACUACAUCCAUGUCAGUCAGUGAUUCUGCUGGACCGUCGGGGACCAUUGUGCCCCUCGCUCUGCAGACCCAACCCCCUGCCGCUCCCAUGCAGCUCACUGACAUCAUUCCCCAGGCAGCAGCCCAGCAAACACAGCCUGUCAUGAUCCCUCAGCAGACUAUUGUCCAACAACAACAGAUAGGGAUGGAUCCCCAGACCUCCACCCUUCAGCAGCAGCAGUCGCAACAGAAAAUGGAGGUCCAGGCCACUCUGCUCGAACAACAACAAGUUAGUGCCACUCUGCCACCAACGGAGCAGCAUCCACAGAGCCUUUCAGCUACAACUGUUCAGAAACAUCAACAUGAGCCUCAGCAGCAGAUCUAUGUACAUCAGCCUGUUCCACCUGUCCACACAACUCCUCAGCAGCAAAUAUUACCUACACAAACAGGUAUGGAGCAGCGAACUAUGUCAUUACCACAGCCAGGGGAGCAACCUCAGACUUACAAACAGCAACCAAUAGGGGAUCCUCGUGAGCAGAACAUGAUACAACCACAACAACUGCAACAACAGCUUCAGCAACAGCAAACUCUGUUACAACAGCAACAACAACAAGCUUUACUGCUUGAGCAACAUCAAACGUAUGUCCAGCAACAGCUUGAUCAGCAGCAACAAAAAGCGUUGCUUCAACAGCAGCAACAACAGGCCCAACUACAACAGCAUCAACUGGAGCAGCAGCAAGCACUUAUACACAAGCAACUGUUGGAUCAACAGCAAACUUUUAUUCAACAACAAGAGCAGCAGCAGAAGCAAGCUCUUGUACAACAACAGCAACCACAACAAGCACUUUUCCAGCAACAGCAGCAGAGUCAGUUAUAUCAACAACAUGGAAUACAAAAAGAACCAGAGAAGCAACAGCAAAGUGGACAACAGCAGCAACAAAUUGUAUUGCAGCAGCAACCCCAGCAGACUCAACAGCAAAUGGAACAAUUGCAGCAGCAAGCAUUACUCCUACAAAUGGAACAACAGCAGCAACAAGCACUAAUACAACAGCAUUUGCAACAACAGGCUAUUUUACAACAGCAGCAGUUACAACAGAAAGCUCAGCUACAGCAACUGCAACAAGAGCAGCAACAAGUGCAACUCAAGCAGCAGAUAGAGCAGCAGCAGCAAGCUCUGUUGCAACAACAGUUAGAACAACAGCGCCAGCAACAAAUCCUGUUACAACAACAACAAGCAGAGAGAUUACAGCAACAGGCUCUGAUACAGCAACAGAUUCAAGAGCAGCAGCAACAGGCAGCCAUCAUUCAACUUCAGAAAAUUGAGAAACAAGAGGUUGUCCCUAUUCCACAAAGUAACAGUGAGCAGCAGAUUCAGCAGCAUGUGUGUAUCCCACAAUUAAACACCACUCAGUUUACACCUCAUACCACUCUCACACAGCAGCAGGUGAUAGAGCAACAACAGCAAGCAGCAUUGAUCCAGCAGCAGCAAGCAUUUGUUGCCCAGCCACAGCAUCACACCUCUGUAAUGGAACCUCAUAUCCCAGUUGGAGCUCCAAUCGGCACUGAGGUAAUUCAGCACCAAACUCAAAUUGUCUCACAGCCCCAGGUCCCCAUGGCGAUUCAGACUUCACAGAUCCCUGUCCAGACGUCUGCUGUUGUCCCAGUUCAGGUCCUUACCCAGCAAGGACAAAGUGAGGCUCAUCCCCAGAACCAGGGCCAGGUCCCAGUCCAAUUUAUAGCCCAGUCCACAGUCCAAGCAGCUCAGGCUAUGAUUGAGGCCCAAUUAACUCCUCCAGUGGCAAUGAUCAAGGGACAGACUCACACCAUCCAGACCCAGCAAAUUCCUUUACAGGGUUGUUAUCCAGGACCUGCCACUCCCACACAGUGCCAGGUAACUGCUCAGCCAUUAAUCCAGACUCAGCCUCUGCACCUGACAAUUAGUCAGUCCCAGCCACCACAUGGCCAGGGUCCAACUGUAGACAUUCAGAAGAUGGGCCAACAAAGCCAAGCUACUGUCCAACCUCCAGCUACAAUUACCUCAAUUCCCAGUCAGAUCCAACAUGAGACUCUUGUUCAGCAAACUGCUCAAAUGCCAGGGCUCAUGCAGCCCCAGCUCCAGCAGCAAACUCAAGGCCAGCCACAUAGCCAGGUGCAUGCUCAGGCUGCUGCUGGCCCUCAGUAUGUCCCUCAGCCUACCCACCAAGCCAUGCCAUCUGUACAACAGGAUAUAACUCAUAUCACACAACAGCAGCAGCAGCAAGAGCCAGUACUGCAGUAUCAGCAGAUGAUUAUGUCUUCUGGCUCUGCUGGAAGUGUUGGAACUACAACAGAUAGUCGCAGUUCUGUAGUUGAUCCUGCAAACUUUGUUGCCACUCCUCAUACUGUGCAGCAGACUGGACAAGCCUAUGUUCCAGGCCAAACAACACUACAUCCAGUUGUUCAGGCCCAGCAGCAGCCCCAAGGAAGCACUGCUGACCCUUCAGCCAUUCAGCCCAUCUCCCAGCCUACAAUGCCUACUGGGCAAUACCAGCAACAGCUACAGAAGCUUUCUCAAGCACAGCAACCACUAGCUCCACCUCCUCCACAGGCCCAGUUACUGGCACAGCCCAUCUCAACUCCCAUCCAGCAACCACUUCCUCUAAAACAGGCUUUGAUACCCCUUGAUGAGAGUCAGCUUCCCCCUCAGUGUCCACCUGCUUCACAUCUGGUGAACAAUCCUGCUGCACAGAUAGUCCCCGGUAAUGUGGCAGAGCCUCAGUCCCAGAACAGGACCCCGCCCCUCCAUAGUCAUCUAGUGACAGGCGCCCCUCCGUCUCCGCAGCACCAAGCCAAGCAGAAGCUGCCAGCUCUCACACACACACAAACCAGCAUUCAGGCCCAAUCACACUCCCAAACACAGACACACGUUCAGACACAGGCUCAUUCUCACACUCAGGCACACACUGAGACACCUAUAGCUGAACAGCCUGUUCUGCCCCAUGCUGUCUUUCCUGCACAACAAAUGCCCCUCAGCCCCUCUCAUACCUCAUGUCCCCCAACAUCACUACCAUCUCUCCCAUCCCUACCAUCCCACCAUCCUGCUGUUGCCCCUGCGCCAGAGCUGCCUACAUCUCUGCCAGUGGCCCAGGUAACCUUACCUGGGCAGGCCAACUUUAUACCUACCUCCCCUUCGCCUGUCACUACUCAACAAUCGCUUGAUUCUAAUGCCCCCAAACUGCCCCAAGCCGCGCUGCAAGACUGUGACCUUUCCCUGCUGGGCAUUGCUCAGGAUGGUCCGUACCUGUCAAGUACAGAACCUCAUUCUUCGUCAGGGUCUGUUCCAGCUAAUGAAGAAGAAACUCUUCAGCUCUUGGCCAAUGGGAAGUUCGAGAAAUUAAAGACUCAAAGACGAGCUUCCAGUCAGAGGCCUGAGAAAGUUUCACAUCAGUUUCAACUAAGCAUGCUCCAGGUGUCUGGCAGUGGGGACAAUAUGGUGGAAUGCCAGUUGGAGACCCAUAGCAACAAGAUGGUGACAUUUAAAUUUGACAUUGAAGGGGAUGCACCAGAGGACAUAGCAGAUUACAUGGUGGAGGAGGACUUUGUCCUUGAUGUAGAGAAAGAGAAAUUUGUUGAGGAGCUUAGAGCCAUAGUUAAGAAAGCUCACGAAAUUCUUCAAACACAUUCACAGACUGGAUCAACUGACCAGUUGCAUGUGAGCACUCCCACUAGCUCUACAAUGGACUCAGUGCCCCAGUCCUCCCCAGUGGGACGCUGGCGCUUCUUUAUCAACCAGACCAUCCGCCAUAGAGACUCUCUAUCCAGCCAGGGAGCAGCCACUCCACCACCCACUGCAGAAACGAGGAUACCUCAGUCCCCUAAAACAGAGAAUGGUGAGCUCUACCCAGAAAGUGAAGGAUCCCAGAGUCUGGAGUCCUUGACUGGAAUGGCCUCUCCCCCCUGCCCCACCCUUUCUGCCACCUCCCCUCCAGUCUCCACUGUCUUAGCCCCUACCUCCAUGCCCCCCUCAGCCACCGCUGCCCCGACUCCUCUCACCACUGCCUCUGAAAGCAUCUCUGCACCAGCCUCCACUCUUGAAGCCUCUGUCCCUGUCACAGCUUCAGGUGGUCUUGAACUGCCAGGUCUCACCUCAGCUGCUGUUGACCAAAUUCCCAGUGCUCCCUCAUCCAUAGCAAUACCUGCUGCUAACCUCCCCACCAUGUCCACUGCUCCUACUGUUGUGUCUCCCACACCCACCACCAUUCUGCCUGAUAUCCUCACUUCUCCUGGAACCAGUGGUUGCUCCACUGUAGGUCAAAGUAUAGGGGAUACCGUGAUAACUGCUCCAAGGUCAUGUGUGCCUGCAGUGGACUGGUCAUCAACCUCUUUUCAUUCCCCUCCUCCUGCUGCUGCAGUGACCUCUUCUGCUGUAAGCCAACUUGGCAUGGAGCAGCAGCAGACACUCACCCAGGUGGCCAAACCAGCCCCACAACAACCACAGCUACAGCCUGCAUUACAGCAGCAGGUGCCAGCAGUUCAACCACAACUACAGGUAAUGCAGCUUGAACAACAGGCACAACAGAUACAGCAGGCAACACCACAGCAACAACAGCAAUCACAACAUCAAGUGUACCAAGAACAAAUUCAGCUGCAGCAGGAACGAGCACUGCAACAGUCUCUCCAGCAGUUACAACAGCAGCAACUAAUGCAGAAACAAAUACCACUUCAGCAACAGCUGACUGAGGUGCAGGUGCUGCCUCGGCCAGGUCAUACAGAGUUGUUACAACAGUCUGUAGCUCUGCAGCAGUUUCUGCCACCAAUGCCCCUACAGCAAACCCAACAACCCCUUCUUGAACAGCAAACACCACAGUAUACCCCACAGUUACUGCAACAGCCUCAGUUACAGCAGUUACCACAGCAGGUUAUGGCACCCCAAGCUGCUGUAGUGCCCCAACAGCAAGCCCAAAUUGAUCACCAGCAGCAGCAACAGUUAAACCUACAACAGACAAUACACUUACAGCAACAGCAAAUGGUGCAACAGCAGCUACAGCAGCAGCAACAUCAACUGUUUAUGGGCGCUGUGGCUUUAAAGCCAGAUCAAAGCCAAAUGCUGUCCCUGUCAAUUAAUCAACAGUUUCUUCAACAACAGGCACAGCUAAAUAUUAGCCCUGUACCACAACAGCAGAUUCCCCAACAAACCCAAAUCCCUGCUGAGCUGGCACAACAACAUAUACAGCUGCAACACAUCGAGCAGCAACAAGAGGUGGUUAAAGCAAUGGACACACCACAGAAACAGCAGCAGUUUCCACUGCAGAAGCAGUCCUCUUUACAGAUGUCAGAGUCAGAGGUGUCCACAGGAGAGACAAGCUUCACAGAGGACACAUGCAGCUACCCUGUCCCUUUUCACCCUUCCUCUGACUCUUCUCUGCCGCCCCUCCAUCUGGGCACCGCUGACACCCCCUUACCUGCUCUCUCCCUCACAAUGACACCAUCCCCUGCCCAGCCCUCCUCUGUGGCCGAGUCAGACAGUGAAGGCCCCCCCAAAAUCGAAUUUGUAGACAACCGCAUAAAGACCCUGGAUGAAAAGCUGAGGAACUUGUUGUAUCAGGAGUACAGCAGUGGGGCAGUGCUGGCCGGGGGAGCUGCCUCUGGCCCUACAUCAGCUGCCUCCACAUCAGCAGGAGGAGACGAGUCAUCUGAGCCACAGUCGCUCCACCACCUGUCUUUCCCCCCACCUGCCUCCUCCUCAGAUACUUCCCCUCACUCCUCAUCUUCCACUACCUCCUCCACCACCUCCCGUUCCUCCUCCACCUCCCCUGACCCGGAGAGGGAUGGGGCAGGAGAAGAAGCUUCCUCAGAAGUGCCCAACUUUGCUGAGCUGGGCCCGGUGGAGCAACAGCCUGGCCCAUCUCUCCCCUCCACCUCUGCCUCAUCCACCCCGCCUACCUCUCUUCUGCCUCCAAAUCAGGAUGAGUCUGCCGGGCCCCAGCGCCCACCUGUACCAGGAGAACCAACCAUUCUUGCUGUACCCCCACACUCUGACACCAGUACCACUGGAGACGCAUCGUGGCCCCCCAAUCAGCACCCGAUCCUCCUCCGGCAUGGACAGCAGAAGCACAAUGCAGGAGGUGGAUAUUUUGGCCUAAACCUGACAUGUCCUAGUAUCAGAAAUCCUGUUAGCAAGAAAUCCUGGACUCGCAAAUUCAAAAACUGGGCGUGCAAACUGCGCCACUCCGCCAGCUUGUUCAAGAAGCCCAGAGUCCAGCAAGAUGGACAUUCCAGCAGCCAGGCACUUAGAGAAGAAAAGGAGGCACCACCCCUAAAUUCAACUCAGUCACGCAAAGGACGAUUUCAGGUGACUCCAGUGCCACAGCCCUCUCCCCCAAAGGAUGCGGCAUCAGGCCAUGGUAGCACUCACAGGAAAGUGGGACGCUUCUCUGUAACCCAGGCUGAGACUAAGAAACAGGACAGGCAGACUGACAGCUCCCUGGUGUCUCCUGAUUUGGAGAGGGAGAGGAGGAGAUCUCGGGCAAAGGAGGGAGAGAAAGAAGAAAGUAAGAGGACCCCAGCAAUGGCUCACCUGCCUCGAGGUCAUGGGCACAGCCACUCACCCCUGGGCAGCAGCGAUGAUGAUGAUGAGAGUGAGCUGGAGGAUGAAGACCUAAGAAAAGAACUGCACAAGCUCAGAGAAAAGCACAUCAAAGAGGUGGUAUCCCUUCAGGCCCAGCAGAACAGAGAGCUGCAAGAACUGUACAGACAGCUUCGUUCCCUCAAAGACCAAAGGCAGAGCCUGCCUACCUCCCUGUCCAGAACCCCUCCUCUUCCCACAGCACCUCCUGUCCUCUCUCCUCGUAGGCCCAGGCCAGCCAAAAUCAAGCUCCGGCCCCGGCCUCACUCUCACAUGGAUAACAACGGAGUUACGCACUCUGGGAUUCAGCAGUCAAGUAGUUUCUCAGGUGGUGAACAGAGUAGACUGCCCCUAUACUGCAACCCAGACCACCGCCCUUCACUGCCUGAUAAAAGAGAUGACAGUCCUCUAAGAAAAAGCACAUUCACAGACGAACUGCACAAACUCGUUGAUAAUUGGACGAAGGAGAUGGUGGGCCCCUCCCCGCCCAAGCCUUCACUGAAUCAAAUCAAGCAGAUUCAGCAGGUGCAGGAGUUGGGAGGCUGGAGCCAGUCAACUGAAGUGGCACCACCAGGUUGGUUUCCAGUGGCACCAAUGAACCCCCAGGCACCCCCGGUCCCUGCCAGCUUGCCUGUGGCAACCCCUUCCCAUUACACAGGUGGAGGGAGCCUGUCCACCCUGCACUCUCCGGGACCACCAUCACAAACACACAUGGCUCAAGUGCCACAGAUGCAGCAAAGUUUACAUCUCCAUCAGUCUCUCCCCCUCCAGCAGAUGACCUAUCAGCAGUCUCCGCUCCCCCAGCAGACACCGCAGCCCCGGAUGCAAACUCCCAUACAGUCUCAGUCAUUACCACAGACACAACCCAUCACCCAGCUGCCCCACUCACCACCUCAAAGCCAACCGCCGCUGCCUUCCCAAAUGCCCACAUCUCCAGUGUCCACGGCCGCAUCUCUGCCGUCUGGCAGUUGCACCGCUGCACCCACAGAUAGCACUGCUGCUACUGCAGGGAUAUUUUGCUCAUGUUCCCCAUCCUCUUCCACCUCUUCCUCCUCUUGCUCUACUGCUGCUAUACCUUCCAGUGCCAAAAUUCACCCAACACCCCCCACCUCUACUCUUCCUCUGGGACAGAAAUUAAACCAAGGCGAAGUGUGAGGUCAAUAUGAAGGUGCAAGAAAUGGAAAUACUAAGUGGAUCAUGACAUAAGCAGAUCCAUUCGGAGUGUUAGUUCUGUGUAUGCAUAAGAGAGUUGUGACUGCAAUGAAUAUAUGGAUUCCAGUGUACUUGAUGGGGGGAGUGAAUGUGAGAGAUGAUAGAUUCUAGUAUGUACAAACAGAGGGUAAUAUGGAACACAGCAGCUGGGGUUUAUGAAUCAUGUAUGUUUGGGUUGAGAUGUAUAAAUUCUUAAAUGUAUGAGUGUGUGUGUUUAUGAGUGUGGGUGAGUGUUUAUGGAUUAUCCAAGUACAUAUCCCUCAUGUCCUUUUACACAAAUAAACGUUCAUGUUUUUGUUUUCAAACCAACUCAGUUGGACCUGAACUCUCCCUAAGCAGAGACAAGAAAGACAAAAUAUUUGACAGUGUGUUGACAUUUUUUGUUUAAUUUGUCAACGCUUACAGUGAAAGGACUAUCAAUUUUAAAAGUGCAAUUAGUAAUGGUCAUCUAAAUUGAUCUCCAUGUAUUGUAUGAAUUUGUCUGUAAGGCCUAAAAUAUUUUUGUAGAAACACACUGACGAAAACCAGACGCAUAGUGAUAGGAUCUUUUCAUGAUCGUUACAUGAUCUUGUAAACUGUAGGCCUACAGCAGAAAGCAUUUCAAUUGGCAAUGAAGAAAUUUUAAACAACAGCAUGUUACACAAUAGAGCACGGUAAAAUUAUUUGGCUACCAUCAUUACCACAAUGCGACCAAACACACCUUGCAGUGUUGAGCACCGGUACAACGUGCUUCAUUUGUAUUAUUUUAUGUUUAGCAGUUGUAACAUAGAAAGAAUCUGAAUUACAAUGAGCGAUGUGAUAUAAAUUCAGAUGAAUUCAUAAUAAGAUGGUAAUUUAAAAUAUGCCAACAAUGUUCAGUGGAUACCUGGGUACACGCAGCCCAAGACUGCAUGACCUUAUGACUAACCUGACUUGCCUAAGUGCAAACUGCUUGCACUCGCUGUAUAUUCACGAAUCUCACAUUUACUAUGUGCUACUGAGAUAAUUCACCAGUCAUGAGUAAAUUUGCUGUCAGUAUGAUAUGCUUUCACAUUUGACAUUUUUGCUUUAAGUUUGAGCUCUGCAUAUCAAAGUAUAUGACAUGUCAUGCUGAGAAGUAAGGUGAAAAAAAAAAAAACUGCCAAGUUAUUAUAGACUGGGGAGACCAUAUGGGUUAUUUCCAUAUUGCCUUUUAAAAUUACUGCAUUUUUUGUGGGUGUGUGAGUGUAUAUUUUUUCUGUGUGACAAAGCUUUGUGAUAGUCCCAUUACAUUAUAAAUUGCAUCCUUGUUUCUUUCAUUCAAAGCGGCCUCUCAAAUGUCACUGUACCCAACCAGAAAUGUUUACUUUGCCUAUGUUUUGGGCUUGUUUCCUCAAGAAACAAAACAAGUGAGAGGUUAGACCAUAUACCAGUUGUAAGUUUGAUGUUCAACAACGUUGUGAGAUCCUCACUUGCCUAUGUGUCAACUUUGUUUGCCGUUGGACAAAUUCCUUAUUUCAACUAUUUAGUCUUUGACCACAGGCUAUCAGUGUCAAUGCAUCUGUCAGAAGCUGAACUGUGGGCCAUAAUUGUGCUUUAAGCACGCUGCAAAAGGUUUACUCAAGUCAACAAUGUUCCAUUCCUCUAUUUCUAAACUCACUUCAUUUGUAGAUGCAGAGAUACACAGAGUAAUAUAUCAGCAGCGGAUUUAUUACUGUACAUUUUAUUGGGUUAUCAGUGCACUUAGCCAUACACACAUUUGACCAUCGAUGGUCAGGCGUUAAUACACUUUUUGGCAUAAAAAGUAGCCUGUAGUCAAAGCAUCAUUUCUGUUUUAUUAAUGAUAGAGAGAUUGUGUGCCACUGAAAACAGGAGAUUGUACCGGUUGUUAAAGACUGCUAAAUGUGAGUCUAAGAAAUUUAAAACAUGAAUGGUUAAGGAGGAAUAGUUUGUGCUAAAGGGUAUGGUUGUUCAGAAACUGCAAUUGCAUAAUCUAGAAUAUAACAACAAUUUUCUGUAUUUGUUGCUUUUCAAGACAACCCACAAUGUCACACAGAUGUAGUUCUUUAUUAGUGAAGGUACUGAGAUACUGUGCUGUCAUGUCUGAUACUAACAUGUUGACUGCAAGCUACAGCUUAAUGAUCAUGAUUCAUGAUGUGGAGCUGGCUUUGUCUUUGAAGUGUUACCAAAAUGUUAUCUAAAAGAUAAAGAUUAUUUUUGUAUUUUGAAAUGGGGUUGUACAAAUUGUAAAAUUGUGUUCUCAUCAUUAUAAAUCAGAGGUUAUUUGAAACUAGAAAACACUGGUUUUCAUCCCUGUUUACAUGGGACUCCCCUGCCUUGAUAUACCUCUCUGAGUCCUGACAGGCCAGGGUCAUUUAAGAUGAUAUUCAGAGAAUUUUUAGUCAUUUUUGACAUCUUAUGUCAGUUUUGAACCAUAACAACCUGGAAGAUACAUAACAGAAUGACAAACCUUCCUGCUGGGCUGCAGGUCAGAUUUAAUAAACUUAAAAAUGAAUGCAACAAAAAUCUGGGGAGUCCCAAAAUGGCAUUAAUGAGAACCAAUGAUAAAAGAACAUUUGGGCAGAGAAACCUCGAAAAAUAAAGUAUGUUGCUGGUGAUUUAGCCUCUGUAAAUUGUAACUAAUUCAACUGUUGAUUUUAUUUAUGUUUUGUAACUAAUCAAAAUAAAUGAUGUUAAACAUCAAA